AUGAGCCGCACUCGCAUGCGUCCUGUGGUCGUGGGUACGAUUCCGAACAGUCACGCCAUUGCUUUCGGCAUCUGUACCAACAUUGUCGCCUUCGUAAUGCUGACUUCAAUGGUUAACCUUUUGAGCGCGGUGUUGACGCUGUGCGCCACGCUGUUCUAUGUGCUCGUGUACACGAUGGCUUUGAAGCGCACCUCGACGCAGAACAUCGUGAUAGGCGGAGCGGCGGGGGCGAUCCCGCCUGCCGUGGGAUGGGUCGCCGUUACAGGCUCGCUCGACCUGCCGGCAAUAUACCUGUUUGCUAUCGUCUUCUUCUGGACGCCGCCGCACUUCUGGGCGCUUUCGCUGCUGUUGAAAGAUGACUACGCAAGCGCGAAAGUGCCGAUGCUGCCGGUUGUCGCGGGCGUGGAUGUGACGAAGAAGUCCAUACUGUUGUACACGCUUCUGAUGCUGGCGCUGACGACCAUGUUUGCUCUGACGGGCGCUGUUGGAUCGGUGUAUCUGGUGAGUUCCGUCGUGCUUGGCGUGCUGUUCAUCUAUUAUGCGUGGCGGCUGAUGCGGCGUCCCGAUAUUGAAGGUGCUAAGCCACUAUACCUGUAUUCACUCUUAUAUCUGGCUCUGCUCUUUUGGCGAUAA